AUGGCGAGUAGCUUGUUUAAAUCACGCCCAGAGCAUUUACCACCACCAAAACUUUAUGGAUAUAGAAGUAUUAGUCAAGAAGAAGAAAAAAAAUUGAUUGAACGUCUCAGUAAACCUACAAUAUCAGUUCUACAAGCUCAGCUAUCUACACUAACUAAUCAAAGUCAGAAUGAAACAUUCAACACAGCAGUUUCAAAGUAUGAUAUCGAGAAUAUAACUUCCAACCUUUUUGAUUAUACUGGUCAGAUAUCAGUAAAUAAUUCAGUCGAUACAGAAACAUUAUCUCCAUCCUCUGUCUCUUCAAGCCGAUUAGUAGAUCUAAGAUCAAUAGGUGAUUAUGAAAAAGUUGCGGAAAGAUUGAAUAAAUUGGCAGAAAUAUGGAAUAGAAGUGGUAAAAAUAACCAUUUAUUACCUCCGUGUGCAUGUGCACGAGGCGAAGUGUUAUUACGAGAAGAUAGUGAAAACUGGAAUUAUAGUCAUUGUCAUUGUUACAGUACAUAUCCAAGUGUACGCUAUCGGAACACUGUUCAAGAACCCGCUAAAUGGAAUGUAGUCAAUAAAAUUGUUCGACGACUUCAUAGUGCUGGAACGGCUGGAUCCAAUGCACGUCAAAAAGAGAGUCAACAGUUACUAGAAAUGUUAACAAGACGACGCAUUGGUAAUUCAGUCGAUUGUCUAGUUGAAAGUAGCCAAAAGUUAAUGCGCAGAUUUUCUAGUCCAGAAAUAAGAUCAAGUUUAUUUGACAAUAAAGGUAAUUUUAAACCUAAGAAAUUUAUUAAUCAGUGGGAAAAUUUUCAAGUUAACAAUCAUAGAUUGAGUAGAAUUUCAAGACCAACAACAUCAAGUCAGCUUAAACGUCGUGGGGUUUGUGUUUUAUGCGAUGAUAAACCAUCUGCAAGAACUCCUUUAGGUGUAGUUAACACUUAUUCUACUGAAGAGAUGCUGUACCACAAAACCACUUGUCUUCGUAAUAAGAAACAAGAAAGUAAACUAGUUGAACGUGUCCUUCGACCUACAUUUGCUUCACAAGGAGAUAAAUCUCGAUGUGUAAAAUCUUAUCAGUUUGAUCCACAUCCUACAAUGUCUCUUAAGUCUAAUCUAUCAAAUAUCCAGUUAAGUGGUGAGUCAAUUAUUCAACGACUACACAAUUUCAACAAACGAUUACCACUGAUAAGUGGCCUUGAAAGGAGUUCAAGUAUCAAUUCUAUUAUUUGUCGCUUAUAUUCAGGCAAAUGCCGAAGAAGCAAUUGUUCAAAUAAACAGACACAGGAAAAUGAAUAAAAGAAUAUCUUUUCUUAACGACUGUAUCAUUCAUUCUCUUUUGGAAAUAAAUUUCCUCGAUAUGGAUGAUAUUCCUAAGUGGGAAUUUCUAAUCUCAGUUACGAAUACAUUUUAUGGAUUAUACAAGAAAAAUGUUGACUGACAAGACAGAAAACUGCCAUUAUAUAAGCAAAGCAUUCAAAAUUACUUCUUAUGUAUUUUCAUACCUUUUUGCUUGUUUUUGUUCACUUAUUGAACAUGAAAUAAUGAUAUUCCUG